AUGGCUAAGGCAGUUGCUCUUCUAAAGGGAGACUCAGGUGUUUCCGGUGUUGUCUACUUCGAACAAGAGAAGGAGGAGGAUUUGACCAACAUUUCAUGGGAAAUUACGGGUAAUGAUGCAAACGCUUUGCGUGGGUUCCAUAUUCACGAAUUUGGGGACAACACCAACGGUUGUACCUCAGCGGGACCCCACUACAACCCAUUUGGCAAGACUCACGGUGCGCCAGAAGUGGAGCAGAGACAUGUCGGAGACAUGGGUAACGUGUCCACGGACGCGUCUGGUGUCGCCCGCGGCUCGAUGAAGGAUCGUUUGAUCAAGUUGAUCGGUCCUACUUCUAUCUUGGGGAGAACCGUCGUCAUCCACGGUGGCCAAGAUGACUUGGGGAAGGGCGGCAAUGAGGAAUCACUGAAAACCGGUAAUGCGGGCGGUAGAAACGCCUGCGGUGUCAUUGGUAUCACCAAAUAG